AUGAAUGACUCUCCUAGAUUUUCAAGUGCUGUCCGGAGCAUGCUCCAACUGAAGCAAGAAGUUCAGCUCUUUCUCCGAUGUACCGUGCGGGACGGUAGCAGGGCCUCGUUUUGGUUUGAUUACUGGACUGAGCUCGGACCACUGCACCUCCUCUUUGGUACGUCGGGUCCCCGAUCACUAAGGAUCCCUCUCACUGCUACUGUUUCUCAAGCAGUAAGCAACGGUCAUUGGAACCUUCCUCCGGCGUGCUCUGAGAUAGCUGAAACUCUUCAGAUAAUCCUAUCUACAAUGCCGGUUCCCUCUGCAGCAAACAGUGGCGAUGUUUAUUUGUGGAGGAAUCAGUCUGGUGGCUUCGGGCCAUCUUUUUCCUCUCGCGUCACGUGGGAGAGGAUCAGAGAUCACAGUCCAUUAGUGGACUGGUACAAGGUGGUUUGGUUCAAAGAGGAAAUUCCUCGAUGCUCAUUUCUCUCUUGGACUGCUUUCCUUGGAAGGCUACCAACUAGAGAUCGCUUGAUUUCUUGGGGAUUAUCUGUACAACCAGGUUGUGUUCUAUGCUCUGUAGCGGAUGAAUCAAUUAGUCAUCUCUUCUUUCAUUGCUCCUUUGCGGCUGCUACUUGGACUCGUUUCUGUGGCAGGUACAUGGCGACUCCCCCGGCUUCAUUGGCAGCGAUCGUUCAGCUAUGUCACCAGAUGCAAGGCCCCCAGGCUCCUCUUGCGGUUGCUGUACUAAAGCUCCUCAGCCAAGUCAUAAUCUACUCUCUUUGGCGGGAGCGAAAUGGCCGCAUCUUCCAAGGCAUGUCUUCGACUCAAGAGGCGUUCUUCCGAGUGGUGGAUCGUGCUAUGCGAGAUAGGCUACUGUCUUUGUCUCGAACCACGGCGUCAACUCCUUCCCCGUCGUUGCUUGAGCUGUACUUUUGGUUCAUAUCACCUUAUAGUUAA